AUGAAUCGUAGGCGGGCCGCUUUUGUUGUUUCGGUAAUACUUGGCUUUCUGGUCUGCGGUGAGGCACCCCUUGCUAAAAUGACGAAUGCUGUGUGCAAGUCGUACAACAAAUCGUGGGUGGUUGUUCACUACUGUCGCCUGAAGGCCUAUUCCCGAACCAAGACCAGCCUGAACAUAAAUGCCACAUUCAUAGAACCAGCGAAAAACAUAUACCUUCACAUGAAGAUGAUGAAGAAGGCCAAUGGGUAUAAGCCCUUUUUGUUCGACUACACCUUCGACGCCUGUGAGUUUAUGCGAAGGCGCAACCAGCCGUUCGCUAAAAUCGUUUGGAACAUGAUCAAGAACGUAUCCACGGUCAACCACACCUGUCCCUAUGAGGGCUUGCAGAUGCUAAGCGACUUCCAUCACAUUGAUGUUCCCGUUCCACUUCCGUCUGGAGACUACUUACUUCUACUUGAUUGGAUCUUCGACUUCAAGCCACAGUUCGCUACGAAUGUAUAUUUCACCUUUGUGGAGGGAAUGUGA